CAGUUGUUUACUUCACGGGGGUAGACACCGUGAUAGGGGGAUAGUAUGUGACGCACCUGGCAACCCUAGCUAGGCCGCUCACGAGGUUCUUCCUUUCUCAGCCAGCACCGUUGCAGCGGUUGAGUGCGUGGCGUUGAUGGACUGGUGAAAUCUGUCAAAAUUCACUCAAGGCAGCCAAUUUGGGUUUCACUAGAACGGCACCAACAUGCCGGCGUAUUUUCAACGGCCAGAGAAUGCUCUGAAACGAGCGAACGAGUUUCUUGAGGUUGGCAAGAAGCAGCCAGCUUUGGAUGUUUUGUACGAUGUCAUCAAGAGCAAGAAACAUCGAACAUGGCAGAAGAUCCACGAGCCCAUCAUGCUCAAGUACCUGGAGCUCUGCGUGGAUCUGCGCAAGAGCCACCUGGCCAAGGAGGGUCUCUACCAGUACAAGAACAUCUGCCAGCAGGUUAAUAUCAAAUCUCUGGAGGAUGUGGUAAGGGCUUACCUGAAGCUGGCUGAGGAGAAGACUGAGACAGCCAAGGGUGAGUCCCAGCAGAUGGUCCUGGACAUCGAGGAUCUGGACAACAUCCAGACUCCUGAAAGUGUUCUCCUGAGUGCUGUGAGUGGAGAGGACACUCAGGAUCGUACUGAUCGCCUGCUGCUCACUCCCUGGGUCAAGUUCCUGUGGGAGUCCUACCGCCAGUGCCUGGACCUGCUGCGGAACAACUCCAAGGUGGAGCGCCUGUACCAUGACAUUGCCCAGCAAGCAUUUAAGUUCUGCCUUCAGUACACCCGUAAAGCCGAAUUCCGCAAGCUGUGCGACAACCUGCGGAUGCAUCUGGGUCAGAUCCAGCGCCACCACAACCAGAGCACCGCCAUCAACCUGAACAACCCUGAAAGUCAGUCGAUGCACCUGGAGACGCGUCUGGUGCAGCUGGACAGCGCCAUUAGCAUGGAGCUCUGGCAGGAAGCAUUCAAGGCGGUCGAAGACAUCCAUGGCCUGUUUGCUCUUUCUAAGAAGCCUCCCAAACCCCAGUUGAUGGCCAACUACUACAACAAGGUUUCUACUGUGUUCUGGAAAUCUGGCAAUGCUCUGUUCCACGCCUGCACCCUCCACCGGCUCUAUCACCUCUCAAGGGAGAUGCGUAAGAAUCUGACCCAAGAUGAGAUGCAGAGGAUGUCCACCAGAGUCCUCCUGGCCACACUGUCCAUUCCAAUCACCCCCGAGCGCACUGACAUUGCUCGGCUGCUGGACAUGGAUGGCAUCAUCGUAGAAAAACACCGCAGGCUGGCUACCCUCCUGGGCCUGCAGUCUCCACCAACCCGGCAGAGUCUCAUCAAUGAUAUGGUGAGAUUUAACUUGCUGCAGUAUGUUGUACCUGACAUAAAAGAACUUUACAACUGGAUUGAAGUAGACUUCCAUCCUCUGAAGCUGUGCGGAAGAGUGACCAAGGUGUUGAACUGGGUGAGAGACCAAGCUGAGAAGGAGGCUGAUCUGCAGCAGUAUGUCCCUCACUUGCAGAGUAAUACCAUCCUGAGACUCCUGCAACAGGUUGCACAAAUCUAUCAAAGCAUUGAGUUCACCCGUCUGGCCUCCCUGGUUCCAUUUGUGGAUGCCUUCCAGCUGGAGCGCUCCAUUGUAGAUGCUGCGCGCCACUGUGAUCUGCAGGUCCGUAUAGACCACACCUCUCGGACUCUGAGCUUUGGCUCUGACCUGAACUACUCGACCAAAGAGGAUGCCCCCGUUGGUCCUUUCCUGCAGAACAUGCCCUCAGAGCAGAUACGGAACCAGCUGACUGCCAUGUCGGCUUCCUUGGCCAAGGCCAUCCAAGUCAUCAGGCCUGCCUCCAUCCUGCAAGAGCGUGAGGAGCAGAACCAGCUGGCCAUCGCCGCCUAUCUGAAAAAUGCUCGCAAGGAUCAUCAGCGCAUCCUGGCUCGUAGACAGACAAUUGAGGAGCGUAAGGAGCGUCUGGAGAGCCUGAACAUUCAGCGUGAGAAGGAGGAGCUGGAGCAGCGAGAAGCUGAGCUGCAGAAGGUACGCAAGGCUGAGGAGGAGCGUCUGCGUCUGGAGGCCAAAGAGAGGGAGAAGGAGCGCAUCAUGCAGGAGCAUGAGCAGAUCAAGAAAAAGACGGUCCGUGAACGUCUGGAGCAGAUCAAGAAGACUGAACUUGGAGCCAAGGCUUUCAAGGAUAUUGAUAUUGAGGACCUGGAAGAGCUGGAUCCUGACUUCAUCAUGGCCAAACAGGUGGAGCAGCUAGAGAAGGAGAAGAAGGAACUCCAGGAGCGUCUGAAGAACCAGGAGAAGAAGAUUGACUACUUUGAGAGGGCAAAACGUCUUGAGGAGAUUCCUCUCAUCAAAAAGGCUUACGAGGAGCAGCGCAUCAAGGACAUGGAACUAUGGGAGCUCCAGGAGGAAGAGAGGAUCAGUAACAUGAAAGUUGAACGGGAGAAGGCUCUGGAGCACAAGAAGCGGAUGUUCAGGAUGUUGGAGGACAAAGAAAACUUCUUGUCCAAAAUCACCGCUGCUCGUAGCUUCAUUUAUGAGGAAAAACUGAAAGCUUUCCAGGAGCGCUUGGUGGAGGAGAGGAAGAAGCGCCUGGAAGAAAGGAAGAAGCAGCGCAAAGAGGACAGACGUAACGCUUUUUAUCGUCAAAAAGAAGAAGAUGCACAGCGUAUCCAUGAAGAGCAGCUCAAGAAAGAGCGGGAGGACCGUGAACGCCUGGAACAAGAGCAGAGAGAGGAGGAGGAGAGGGAGUACCAGGAGCGUCUGCGCAAACUCGAGGAGCAGGAGCGGAAGCAGCGCGCUCGUCAACAGGAGAUCGAGGAGCGAGAACGCCGCCGUGAGGAGGAGAAAAGAGUCCCCCCAGAGGAGAAAGUCAAGGACUGGGGUGAGAAUGAGAAGCAGAUAGAGAAGGAGGAAGGAGGAGGAGGAUGGAGGAAGCGCACGGAGGGAGGCGAAUCAGAGUGGCGUCGUUCUGUGCCUGACAAGGAGUGGAGGCAGGAGGGCCGUGAGGAUGACAAAGAGGAGCGCGAGAGAGAGGGGCCCUUCAGGCGAGGAGAAGGUUUCCGUAGGGGCGGAGACGACCGAGGCGCCCGUCGGGGCUUUGAUGACGAAAAAGGCCCACGCCGUGGCGGGGAUGAAGACCGUCCUCUACGCAGAGGGGUGGACGAGGACCGUGGUCCACGUAGAGGCUUUGAUGAUGACCGCGGCCCAAGGAGGGGUGGUGACGAAGACCGUGGCCCGAAGCGUGGCUUUGACGACGACCGCGGCUCCAGGCGUGGCUUUGAUGACGACAGAGGUUCCCGUAGAGGCACGGACGACUCCUGGGGUCCCCGAAGAGGAGGAGAUGAUGACAGAGGUGGAAGGAGAGGCAUGGAUGAUGGACCACGGCGUGCUGGCGAGGACCUCAAACCCUGGAAGCCGCUGGGCAGGCCUGGUGGUUGGCGUGAGCGAGAGAAGGCCCGAGAGGACAGCUGGGGUCCUCCCCGUGAUGCCAGCGAGGAAAGAGAUGAUGCCGAAGGAGAGGGAAAAUCCAAAGACAGCUUGAGAGACAGUCGUCCAGUCAGAGAGGAGUCUACUUGGAGGAGAGCAGGCGCAGAGGAAGGACGAAGCGCCUGGAGAGACUCCCGCAAAGAGGACACUGACCGAGACGAUCGUCGUGGUGGCGAGCGCCGGGAUGACCGUGAACAAAGACCCCCAGCCAGAGAUCAGGAUGAAGGAGUUUGGCGUCGUGGAGGUGUGGAGAAGCUGGAGGAGAAGCCCGGCAGCCGCGAUAGGGAGCCUGAGCCUGACGGAGAAAAGGGUUGGCGUUCUGACAAAGACAACCUUCGUCGCAUCAAGAACGAAACCGAUGAUGAUGGCUGGACCACUGUCCGCCGCUGAGCAGUAACCUCGGCAUCCAAUUGGCUCAGUUAAUGAAGAGGUGGUUAUGAAAAAAUAAUAUUCAGUAGCCCGUCAGCCAGUAAGCCGCAGUGGUGAAUUAAUGGCCACACGCUUCUAAUACUCAUGCGUUAUUCCUUUUGAAAGAAAUAUUUGUAGACCGUAGUUUUCCUGGGGAUUUCUUUUCCCUUUUAUCUUUAUUUUGACUUUCAGCAUUUUGAACCAGUCUCCUUACCACCCAAAAAACCAUCAACAAAUGAACUUGUGUGCAUUUGGUCUCAACCCUCCCAAAUGUAAACAAGACGGCCCUGAAUGGUUAUUUUACAUGAAGUGAAACAGACUAAACUGAAAAACCAAAUGUACCUGCUACAUCUUUCAAUACAAACUCACUGCAUCACCAACGUCUCUUCUAAUUUUUCAUAGAUAUUAUAUUGUGCUACAAAUCAACAACUCUUGUAAUGACAAUGACUAGGAAUUUGUCAUCUGCUAAUGUGAUCUAUGCUAUGUGAUCUAAUAUUUCAGAUGCUUCUUAACCUGUUAAAGAACUAGUGGAAUUUCCAUUAUGGUGUGCAUGCUUAGAGUAUUCCAUUGGUCUGGCUUGAUAUCCAGUGUGUGGCUCUUUCUUGCAGCAAUCAAUGCUGUUUAACCAGGUUGCAUGUUUACAAAUAAAGCCUUUAUUAAUAAAGAUGUUUGCGCACCA